AUGGCGGUGUGGCAAACAAAGGUUCAGAAGCGGCAGACGGUGAAGAAGAAAGCUGCGCUGAAGAAAGAGGCCUCUCUUUUUUCUCAACUUGAUGUCGUCCUGGGAAACCGGCUGAUCACUCUGAGCAAUAACUGUUACCCGUACCGGGCAAUGAUGGAACUAAUUCUGAAUUACAGCGGCGACACCCUGAGCACCCAGUUCAUGGCUGAACUGAUGGAUCAAACUCUCCUGACAGAUGCAGGAAACAGUGGAUUUAGAGCUAGGGCGGCUCAAACAGCCGGCAGCUGCAAAUGGGAUCUGAUGGCCCCUCUGCACAGCGAUUUGUUCUUUCAGGAUAAAAUGUUGCUGAAUGGCGUGGAUGUGAAAAUUAAAUUCACCCGCAGCAAGGACAAGUUUUGUCUGAUGAGCGGCGCUUUAGUUGAUAAUUACAAAGUGCAUAUUUUGAACGCUGCCCUGUUUGUAAAGCGGGUGAAAGUUUCACCGGCUGUCCGCCUGGGCAAUGCAGAAGCUCUGCUUACCGCUAACGCCAAGUACCCCAUCGAGCAUGUGAGGAUGAAGGUGUUCAGUAUACCUGGAGGAAGCCUCAUAUGCAACCAGGAAAACCUCUUCUUGGGACAGCUGCCUAAGCAGCUUGUCAUAGGAUUUGUCAACAGUGCCGCUUUUAGUGGAGACUACUCCCAAAACUCCUUCAAUUUCAAACACUUCAACGUUAAUUUUGUGGCCCUAUACGUCGAUGAGGUUCAAGUACCAUCGAAGCCCCUCCAACCCAAUUAUCUUCUGGGUCAGUGUGUGAGGGAGUUCAUGCAGCUGGUACAAGUGACGGGGAAAGAAAUGAAAGACCAGUCCCUUCUAAUUAAUCGUAAUGAGUUUUCGAAAGGUUAUACCUUGUACGGCUUUGACCUGUCUCUGGGACAGAGUUGCGCUGACCACUAUUCUCUCAUAAAAACGGGAAACCUUAGAGCCGAGAUCCG